UUCAAAAGCUUCCAAAGUCCAAGCUUCAGCUUCCUUUGGAUUUUUUUCUCAAGUUUUCUCCUCUCUUUGUGAUCAAUGGAGGCUAGGCUGUUAAGGUCUUCUUCUCCGCUUUUACCUUCUGUUAAUGGCACUGCCAAAAUUUCAAGACCCAGUAACGUUUUGCCUCUGCAAACCAGGGAAUUCCCCAGCUUUAAGUUUGAUUGCUCUGCAAAGUUGUCAAAGAAAUCCAUUCAAUCUGUUCCUGCUUCCACCUACUCCUUUGGAUUAGAGGGGGUAAAGCAAAGGGUGGAUGAGAGCGAGAAUUUGACCCUGGAGGCCGUGAGGCGUUCAUUAAUCCGACAAGAGGACAGUAUAAUAUUUAGUCUUCUGGAGAGAGCUCAAUAUUGUUAUAAUGCGGAUACGUAUGAUCCCGAUGUCUUUUCAAUGGAUGGGUUCCAUGGCUCCUUGGUGGAGUAUAUGCUCAAAGAAACUGAAAAGCUUCAUGCCCAGGUUGGCAGAUACAAGAGCCCAGAUGAGCAUCCUUUCUUCCCAUAUGAAUUGCCAGAUCCCCUGUUGCCACCUUUGCAAUAUCCAAAGGUACUACAUCCCAUUGCUGAUUCAAUAAACAUAAAUAACCAAGUGUGGGAAAUGUACUUCAGAAAUCUUAUUCCGAGACUAGUGAAUAAAGGAGAUGAUGGCAACUGUGGAUCUACUGCCGUUUGUGACACCAUGUGUUUGCAGGCACUUUCAAAGAGAAUUCAUUAUGGGAAAUUUGUGGCAGAGUGUAAAUUUCGGGCAUCACCAGAUGCCUAUACAGUUGCCAUCCAAAAACAGGACCGGAAAUGGUUGAUGGAGUUGCUGACAUAUCCUUCGGUCGAAGAGUCGAUCAAGAAAAGAGUAGAAACGAAAGCCAGAACGUAUGGGGAAGUAUUGUCGGGUAAUAUAAACGAAGAUGGCGUCGAUCCGGUUUACAAAAUAAACUCGAGCUUGGUUGCAGACUUAUACGGUGACUGGAUCAUGCCAUUGACAAAAGAAGUCCAAGUUGAAUACUUGUUGAGAAGGUUGGACUGAUUCGAAUAAAUUGAUACAGUGUUUCCAUUACCAGUCUAUAAAGAAAUGUAGUUCCAGGAAAAAGUUAUACGGA